UAGGAAUUGACCCCAUCUAAGCAGGCAGCUCUGCGCCUUGAGCUUUCUUGCGUAUCGAGCGCAGGCGGACGUUCCAUUUGCGUUCCUGCGGCUGGCCAGCCCCAUUCGCCUCCGCAGACACGUCGUUCCCUACUCUUUCUAUCCUUGUGCCAUGCCUGAGUCUGGCUGCGGUCUUCCUGACAGUUCUGCUCUGGCUUAUCGUUCAGGUGCUUUCCGCCAGCUCCCUCUGCUGAGCGUGGUGAACUGGCUGCACAGGCCCCUCGUACUGAAGCCGCAACAACGUGGGUUCCAUGGCAAAGGAAGUGCCUCUGCGGCGGCCGUUGCUUCGUCGGCACAUCGCCCUGCUGCCCAUGGUAGUGUCCCUCAUGCUGUGCCUAGCCAGGUGGAUGUGGACUCCGGGCUCUUCGGACCCCCUCCUGACGACCCCUCCGACCCUCCGACUGAACAGCCAAGCGCGGCAUUCCAUCUCAAGGCCGAUCCCACCAUCUUCGUCGUCCGCACCGUUGUCCUGGUCGCCAAGGCUCAGGCGUCCAACCAACUUCGAAGACGGAUCAUGGACGGUUGACGAUCAUGAAGCAGGCCAGCGUUUCAUUGUCAAGGGCAAAGAUGCCCGUGGAUGGGCCGCUCGUAUGGUCUCCCAAGCUCAUGGUAACAUCAAUAUGGAUUAUGGCACAUUCCGCUGUUUCACAGCCUUCUCUGCCUUGCGCCGGAACGCGGACAUCUACGUCUCUACGGACAGGCACCUGGCGCAGAUUCGGCGCGAGCUGGAAUUUGAUAAAACCAAGAACGUGCCAAAUGACAAAUACAACGGCGCCACUUUCUUCGCCGACCGCACUACUGGCAAGAUCUCGCCACAGUGGCGCGUCUUCCUCAAGGUCACACCCUGCCAGAAAGUGGGGCCCUUCAUCGAGUACGACCAGAAGGCAUUGGACGCGCUCGACCCCAGCAGGGCCAACAUCGCCAAGGGCAUUGAGCAGCUCUUCGCAACCUCUUAGUCGGCUGAAGAGGGGAGUCUCUAACGCAUGGCUCAAGUUGAUCAAGCUAUCGACGCGGUCGGCAUCUCCCACUGUACUUUGCCAUGGUCUGGCCACCUGGAAUUUUAAUGCCUUUUCCAACAGCAUAUCGCUUACUGAGUUCGGCGUAGGCACCUGCCAG